GUCCCACCAUGGUGGCGGUGUGGGCAAAGGUUACAAAGGCGACGGCAAAGGCAAGGGCAAGGGCAAGGACUUCAGCAGCGACCAAGUGCCCGAGGAUCGGCGCAGCGAGCUGUGCGACCAGCUCGAGGCCUUCCUCCAGGGCCCGGACCCCCACCUGGAGAUGCCUCCCACUGUGACCGGGCUGGAGCGGAAGUUCCUCCAUGAGCAGGCUGAACUGCGGGGCCUCACGACGCAGUCGUUUGGCCAGGGGAGGGAGCGGUACAUCUGCAUCUUCAAGCAGGAGCGAAGUGUCGAGGGGCCCGUGGCGGAGGAGAGGGAGGGCGAUGCGGUCGAGCAGGCCUCCUACACGGGCGUUUUCCUCGACACUCGGAGCCGCGGAGCGCUCCUCCAGUUCUGCGCCAGCUCAGUCCCGGGUGGGGUGCCCCACCAUUGGAGUCAGUUCUGCGACCACAUGACGAUCUGCGUCGGCGCCUUGAGCAAUCCGAAGACAGAGGACUACCGUUCCGUGGCCGACACGGUGCAAAAGCAGAUUGCCAAGUACCGCGAGGGCCAGGAGUUUGAGCUCAAGGUCGUCUCGGUGGGCAAAGACGAUCAUGUGCUGGCGGUCGGCGUCAUCGGCUGCACCUCCUGCAACCGGAAUCCACACAUCACCGUGGCCACCGCGCCGGGGUAUCCACCCAACACCAGCAACAACAUCAAGAAGUGGACGAUGAUAUCUGCAGAUGAGCAGUUCACGCUCACAGGGGUGCUCAGGCAGCAUCAGCAGGAGGGCCAGAAGCGGCGGGAACGCGCACGCGACGACGGGAAGACCGCCUCGCAGCAACGCCCGCAGAGGCCCGAGGCCAAGACGUCCAGCUGGCAUGGCCGGUCGUUCAAGCUGCGCCUGCACUGCGAACCUGGGCAGAGCCCGACGCCUGAGGCGACCUCCUGGUUCGGCCUUGGCGAGCGACCUGAGACCGGCCAGCGGAAUGCCCUGAUGGAUGGCUUCAGCCACGAAGCCGCCGCGCGCUUCACCUUUCAUCAGGUGGGCGUGACUGCCGGAAAUGAGCUGUUGAACCCCAGUACGCUGCCUCCCGGGGUGGUCAUGACCGCCAAGGUUCCUGUCUACACGCUUGAAGGCGCCCUGUGCUUCCGCCCCGAUGCCGAGUGGGUGCGGGAGGUGGACGAGGGGCCCGGGCCAGAAUACUUCGUCGAUGGCGCCGAUUCCGAGGGGUCAGUGUUUGCCUUCCUCCCCCUCGAGGCAGGUACCCAUCGUCCUCGGCCGGGUGGUGAACUCCUUGGGCAGGACGCCUUCUACGGAAUCUACUACAUGGAGCGGGCUGGAGACAAGGACACGUAUGGAUACUGGAAUCAGGGGGACUGGCCGGUCUACAUGAUUGAAGGCCAACUUUGCCGUGCCAGUGAUGAGUGCAACCCGCCCCUGCAAGUGCACGUGGAGUUCGAUCAGUACAAAUUCAUCAGUUUGGAGUUCGCUUGCAAGGAGGACACGAUCCUGGCCACCGCCCGAGGGAUGAGUGGCGACCUGCUGCUUGAGGUUGUCCUCGAUCGCACGGAGACCCUCCGUGGCUUGCACAAGAAAGUGAAGCAGGAGCUCUACAAGCAGCACCCCGACACGCCAGCGGGAAUUUGCCUCACCCUGACGGGUGCGGAGGGACAGCUGCUGUCGCCGCCGCCUCCUCCCUCUGAGCCGGACCAGAAACUCCUUGACUUCCUUUGA